GAGGUUGAACGUAGUUGCCACGUCUUCAUAUUUUUCAAUUCAACGUUUCUACUGUCCUUUUGUUUAUCAAAAUCCUCGUCUUUUUUUUACCUCAUCAACUCUAUAAAGAAUUCUGCUCAAUUAUUAGAGAAUUUCCGAUAAAAAUUGAUCAUAAUUUUUGUUAUCUGGGUUCUGGGAGAUUUUCGACCUGGAUAUUGUAUUUCGGUGAGAUUUGUGUUGUAUUGAUGUAAAAUUAGAGUUUGGCAAGUUCUUGUGAAAGAAGGGAUUUGUAUUUUGAAUUCUGACCUGACUCGGGUGAUUUUCUUUAGAUCUCUAUUGAUUGAAGGAAAGUGAGAGAGUGAAGCAAGAUGAGGGAAAAGCUUGGAUUAUCGGUGUGCUUAUGGUUUCUUCUAUAUGGAUCUUGUUUCGGAAGAUUCGUUGUUGAGAAGAACAGCUUGAAGGUGACGUCACCUGGCUCACUGAAAAAUGUGUAUGAAUGUGCAAUUGGGAAUUUUGGGGUUCCACAGUAUGGAGGGACCUUGGUUGGUACAGUUCUCUACCCAAAAGCCAAUCAGAAGGCGUGCAAGAGUUUCGAAGAUGUGGAUAUUUCCUUCAAGACUAAGCCUGGAGGCAUGCCCAUAUUUGUUCUUGCUGAUCGAGGGGAUUGCUACUUCACUUUGAAGGCAUGGAAUGCUCAGAAAGCUGGAGCAGCAGCUAUUCUUGUUACUGAUGACAGGGUUGAGCCUCUUAUUACCAUGGAUAACCCUGAGGAAGAGAAUGCACGAGCAGAGUAUCUGCAAAACAUAAAUAUCCCAUCAGCACUUAUUAGCAAGGCUCUUGGGGAUGACAUCAAGAAAGAGUUGUCUAAAGGAGAAAUGGUCAAUAUAAAUCUUGACUGGAGAGAGGCUCUUCCACAUCCGGAUGAGCGGGUCGAGUACGAGUUCUGGACAAAUAGUAAUGACGAGUGUGGUCCCAAGUGCAAAAGCCAGAUAGAUUUCGUCAAAAAUUUCAAAGGAGCUGCCCAGAUACUUGAGAAGAAAGGGUAUACCCAGUUCACUCCGCAUUAUAUUACUUGGUAUUGUCCUGAUGCUUUUAUUUUGAGCAAACAGUGCAAGUCACAGUGUAUAAACCAUGGGAGAUAUUGUGCGCCGGAUCCUGAGCAGGAUUUCAGCAAGGGAUAUGAUGGGAAGGAUGUUGUUGUUCAAAAUCUACGCCAAGCUUGCUUUUUUAAGAUAGCCAAUGAAAGUGGAAAACCAUGGCUUUGGUGGGAUUAUGUGACAGAUUUUGCAAUACGCUGUCCAAUGAAAGAGAAGAAGUACAGUAAAGAUUGUGCAGAUCAAGUAAUUAGUUCACUUGGAGUUGAUGUUAACAAGAUAGACAAAUGCAUAGGAGACACUGAGGCAGAUACUGACAACCCUAUUCUAAAAGCUGAACAGGAAUCACAGAUAGGGAAGGGUUCUCGUGGAGAUGUGACUAUCUUGCCCACCCUUGUUAUAAACAACAGGCAGUACAGAGGUAAGCUGGACAAAGGAGCAGUUCUCAAGGCCAUAUGUUCAGGUUUUGAAGAGACAACAGAGCCAUCCAUUUGUUUGACUGAAGAUAUUGAAACCAAUGAGUGUAAGGAAAAUAAUGGGGGAUGCUGGAAGGAUAAGGCUUCUAACAUUUCAGCGUGCAGGGAUACCUUCCGUGGGAGAGUGUGUGAAUGCCCAAUUGUGCAGGGGGUGAAAUUUGUCGGUGAUGGUUAUACUCAUUGUGAAGCGUCUGGAGUAUUAAGAUGUGAAAUCAAUAACGGAGGCUGUUGGAAAGGAAUACAGGAUGGAAGGACAUAUUCUGCCUGCAUUGAUGACCACACUAAAGGUUGCAAGUGCCCUCCAGGAUUCAAUGGUGAUGGAAUCAAAAAUUGUGAAGAUAUUGAUGAGUGCAAGGAAAAACUGGCAUGCCAAUGUCCAGAGUGCAAAUGCAAGAAUACCUGGGGCAGUUAUGAAUGCAGUUGCAGUGGCAACUUAUUGUACAUGCAUGAACAUGACACUUGUAUAAGUAAGGAUGCUAAUACGAAAUCCAGUUGGGGCUUUGUUUGGGCAAUCAUUCUUGGCCUGGCUGUUGUAGGAGUUGCGGGAUAUGCUAUGUACAAGUACAGAAUCAGGAGAUACAUGGACUCGGAGAUUCGGGCUAUCAUGGCACAGUAUAUGCCAUUGGAUAAUCAAGGAGAUGUACCUCAACAUAUUCCUCAUGGCAAUGUCUGAUAAUAGGGAAUGAUAAGUGUGUUUGUUAAGAAUGGCAUCCGGAGGAAGAAAAGUUAUACACACCACGCUGCCAGCAUUUAUUUGGUUAAGUGGGAUGUUUUCUGACCCAAUGCAUGGUACAUUUUCGUAUUUAGAUUUCGUUCACAUGGUAAUCUAGGUUAUAAUCUAUGUAUAUGUAAACUGUGACAGAUAUUUAUAGACUCCUUGUGUUUUGGGAAAUUUUCCAUGGAUGUGAUAUGCAUUAUGAUCUAUUAAAUCGUCUAUAUUUUUUCCCCUUA